CCGAGUGGAGAGACGUUGGAGAGUGACAGAGGCGGAGGAGGUCGAGAAAUAGUGUGCGCUGUGCGAGUCACGCACCACGAUGGGCUAUCGACUUCACUUCGUCGAGCCGCUGGUCAUCCUCUACCUGUUCGGCCAGACCCUGUCGGGCCCUCCGACCCAAGUGUACAUCUACAACCGCAUCCUGCACGAGAUUGGGAACGGCUCGCGUAGCGCCGGCAGCGUCGACCACGGCGGGUCCGCCAAUGGCUCACACGCCAAUGGCUCACACGAGAGCUGUGGAGGGUCCAACGCCUCCGAUGACAGCUCCAAGGCGGAGGAGGAGGCGCAGGAGCAAAUGUCCCAGUUCUACCUCUACCUCUCCCUGUCGGGCUUCGUGCCCAUCAUGGCGGCCGGGCUGGUGCUGGGAGCGCUCAGCGACAACCACGGACGCCGCGUGGCGCUGAUGCUGCCCCUCGUGGGCGACAUCCUCUCCACCGUCAUCUUCAUCCUGAUCGUGCACUUCGAGCUGCCCCUGUGGAUCCUCUACAUCUCCAACGUCCUCACCGGCUUCCUGGGGGGCACCACCACGCUGCUGGGCAUCAGCUUCGCCUACGUGGCCGACACAACCACCAAGAUGAACCGCAACUGGCGCGUGGCGCUGCUGGAGAUGGCGCUGGGAGCCGUGGGGAUUGGCGCCUCCUUCGCGUCGGGACACUUCACAAAGGUGGCCAAGGGCAUCAAGGGCCUCCUGGCGCCGUUCUACUUCGAGGUGGGCGUUGACGUGGUGUGCUUCUUCUACGCCGCCUUCUUUCUGCACGAGACCGUGGGCGCCGGCGGGGGACCGCCGCUCCUCGCCGAUCCCCAGCACGCUCCCAGCGACCGCCACCAGCAGGGGCAGCAGGGGCAGCAGGGGCAGCAGCAGCAGGGGCAACAGGGGCAGCAGCAGGAGGGGCGCCGCAAGACCGUGGGCGACUACGCGCGCGAGACCGUGCGGGGCUUCGUGCUGCUCGUCCGCGCCGGCGGCGACCCAGCGAGGCGGUGCCGCCUGCUGCUGCUGCUCGGCACCUUCGCCACGGUGGCGCUGGCGUUCUUCGGCGGCUCCGGCCUCCUCACCCUCUACCAGCAGGGCCCACCGCUCUGCUGGGGCGCCGUCAUGGUGGGCUACGGGCAGGCGUUCUUCUGCUGCGUCUACGUCACCUCGUUCAUCGGCGUGACGCUGGCGUCGCGCUGCCGCGUGCCCGACGGAGCCAUCGCCCUCGCGGGGAUGGCGUCGUUCGCCGCCGGCAUGGUCACCACGGCGUUCGCCAGGACCUCGCUCGCCAUGUUCCUCGCGAACAUCCCUCUCAUGUUCACCGUCAUGCCGGCACCCGUCAUCCGCUCCAUGCUGUCCAAGGCCGUGCAGCCCAGCGAGCAAGGGGCGGUGUUCGCGGCCGUGGCGUGCGUGGAGAUGGUGAGCGCCCUGGUCUCCACGCUCAUCUUCAACAGCGUCUACACGGCCACCGUCGCCUGGUUCCCCGGAUUCAGCUUCCUGCUCGCCGCAGCCUUCAUGCUCAUCCCCAUGGCGCUCGUAGGGGUGGUGCGCUGCACGAGAGACCCCCAGCCCCACUACACGCGAGUCCCCACCGACAACGGAGACGCGAGCCCAGCCUACGGCAGCAUCCAGUAGCCCCGCCUCCUCCUCCUACCUGGCUCCGCCCACGAGCUCCAUGGCUCCGCCCACCGCCCCCCCCCCCCUUACCAGAUAUUUGGCUCCUCCCCUCCAGAGUCGUCCUCAUCCUGGGAUGUGACCCCAGGUGGCCACCUGACCCCGAGUCGUGAACACUGAACGGAAAUGAACUUGAACGGGCAUCGGUCUGGCUCCGUGAGCCUCGGUCAUUCACACUGAACCCGUGGAGCUGUAGUCUGGUUCUGUGAGUCUCAGCUGUUACACCCCAAGGGCCGUCGGGAUUUUUUGACCCGCGGAAGCUGGGAGAUGUUGACUCCCUCGCCUGGUCUGCAGGAGGCCGUGGGUUCGAUCCCCACCCUGACACCUGCUGCUGUAGAUGUGAAGUCUGCGCCUCUCUCUCUCUCCCCGUGGUCGCGUGGAAUUGUCUCCGGUUCCUCCGUUUUUUUCCCAUCCACAUUUAGAGCCGACGUCACGCGUUUAAAGUUGGUGGCUGCCGCUGUAAAAGUGCCACGUGAUGAUGAUGGUGAUGAGCCACUUCUUCGUUGGGCUGUCAUUUGUGAUGACCAGGUCGCUUCUGAAAGAGCGCUCUGCAGCUCAGUGGAGCCUUUACCUGGUAAAAUAAAUAAACAUCGUUUAUGGUUUAGAUUCAUCCAGCAGUGGAGAGCCCGUGGCUGGGGGUGGCGGUCAUCGUGGUGACCCCGCGACCCCACCACAGUUUGACCCCUGACCCUGCGACCCGCUUCGGUACCGCCACGCUGAGCCCGCGACCCGAGUCAAACAUUCUCGCAAGUUUUAGUUUCAUUCGGAUAGGUGGACUCGGCCUCAAAGGAGUGGCUGUAAACAUCGCCACUGGGGAGACAAAGGCGGUCGGGCGUGGUGCUGCAAUGUGUCGCUUGCAACCGAGUAACGCACGCUCAGGCCGUGCAUCCAAUGCUGCAGAUCGCGUUUAAUUGCCGCUGUCUUUGGUUCCGAGAGCUGCUUCCCAGCAUGCCGGCGAGCUGGCACAACGCCUAUGGCCACGUCGGGUGGUGGAAGGCUUCGUGACGACGAAAAAAAAUUGGCCAAAAACCCGACAAACCCCCCCCCCCCCCCGCACGAGCCUUGAACGUGGCCCGACCCAAACUUCGAUGUUGAAUCGCGUGUGCGUCUGUACGUACGUGUAAAUAGCACUUGCCCCAAAAUCAUGCUUUCACGGGGGAUUUUUACCUUUGUAUAUAGAUGGGGAGCGGUGGCGCAUUUGGUUAACGAGCUGUUCUACUAACCCAGGCACCUGAGUUCGAUUCCCGCUCACGACCAACAACAGUGACAUUGAACUGAACCGGUCCUGGGCCUCUGCUCGGUUUGAUCUACUUGAUGUAGUGUUGUGUAGUAAACAUCGUCACUGGGGAGACAAAGGCGGCCGGGGGUGUUGCUGGCCACCCAACCCCCUCGUGUGCCACAGUGCCGGCCUUCGUCGGUGCUGCUACUCGCUAACAGUGCUUGAAGGCUAUACGAGAUGGUGGGGAGGGGUGGGGGUGUUUGUCUUUGUAUAUAUUUGUAAAACGUUAUCAAAAUAGAGACUCUAAACGCAAUUGCUGUUGUAGAUAGCUUCCACGAGUCUUGCAUUGCCACGCGGUUCGUAUCAACUGGGUUGUGUGCUGCGCUUGUCAAUCUUAUUUUAAAUCAUCUCUUGCUACAGUCGGAUCCACACCUGAGCGGAUACGCGACUUUUCAGGCGUCAAAAUUUUCGACCGACGAUUUGCGGCAGCGCUUUGACCGCGACGCACUUUGGGCAGCUGUGACUGGAGGCUACGACACCCGCAGACGCCAUUUUGAUUCUUCAUGCGGCGUAACCACCGCCCGCUCGGAUGUGGACAAAGCAGUUGCACGGGAGAUUGAGUUGCGCAAUACCGGCGAGCCAACUGGUUGCAUGACCGCUCGCUGAACAGUUUGGACGUCACAAAAAAAAAUGGCUGAUGGUGAAGUCGGUGGUAGUGGCGGUGGUGGGGAGCGGUGGUGCAGCGGUUAGCGCUACGCUCUGCCACAAACCCGUCAACCCGGGUUUCGUUUCCCGCUCACGGCCACCAACACCGGUGACGAUUAUUUGAACCGGUCCUGGGCCUCCCCUAGGUCGACUCAGCCCUCGAAUGGGUACCUGGUGCGAAUGUGUAAACAUCGCCACUGGGGAGACAAAGGCGGCCGGGCGUGGCGCUGGCCACCCACCCCCUUGUGUGCCACAGCGCCGGCCUUCAUAGGUGCUCGCUUAACUGCCCUUGCCCCAACAGUCUCUUAAGGCUACACGGGGAGAUAUUUGUGUUUGGUGAUGGUGGUGAUGAUGGUGAUGAUGAUGAAUAAAUAUGUCUUGGGAAAUAUACAUUAC